AUGCUGUCCAUCCCUCGGACAGCCACCCUUUGGCUCGUUGUUUUCACUGCCUUGACGGAAGCCGUCGUCAUCCGCUCGACUUCCCGGUGUGCACCAAACGAGUACUGGUGUCAAGAUAGGUGCGGGUCGGACGACUAUGGCAACACCUGCUGUGAGACCCCUAACGGUCAACAUAACCUCUGUGGCGCCGGCACCAUCUGCUGUAUGUAUGGCUGUUGUCCCGCUGGCACGAUUUGCAACGCCGUCGGAGGAUGUGACAGCGUAUCCGGCAAUGUUACCUCCUCCAAGCCACCGCCGUGGACGUCGGGGAGCUGCUCAAACUCGCCAUCUUCCCUCACUUUUUACACUACCGUCACCGAAUUUAUCACUAUGACGCCGUCUAAGCCAUGCAGCUCAAGCAGCGCCUCGCCGGGCUCUUCUACAGCUUCCAUGUCCUCCAAAACGUCAAACCCACCGUUGUCAUCUGAGUUUUCUCAGUUCCCGCCUUCCUCCUCGGAAAUGUCCCAGACAUUUUAUUCGUCGCAAACCACCGGAUCCGACGGCGACCAAGGCACAAGCAUUACCACAUGGACGGCAUCGAACGGUGAGACCAUUAUCUCUAGCGGAUCCGCCAUCAUCAUCGGGGGGACAACUACUAUUCCUGUCCCGACCGGGUUUACGACAGUGACAACCGGCGGACAAACAUUCACGUUCGGUUCCCCUUCAGCGACCUCCACGGAAGCCACGGGAAGCUCUAACACCGGGGGAGGUGGAGGUGCUACGACCUGGACUCAAUCAGAUGGCGAAACUGUCAUCUCGAGCUCCGGCGUCGUCAUCAUCGGAACCAGUCCGCCCAUCACACUCCCCACUGUUACCGCACCAACCACACUCACAACGGGAGGAGAGACGUUUACGUUAACUCCUCCAUCUAGCGUGACUAGUAGCACGUUGCCUCCUAUCGACGCCACCACAUGGACUCAAUCAGACGGAGAUAUAGUCAUUUCCAGCUCUGGGGUAGUGAUUAUUGGAACGAAUACCCCAAUCACUUUACCAACCGUCACAGCCCCGACAACUCUCACGACUGGCGGAGAGACGUUCACGCUGAUCCCCUCAUUGGGCAGUAGUAGCGAAACUUUGCCUCCCAUCGCCACGACAUGGACUCAAUCAGAUGGCGAUGUAGUCAUUUCUAAUUCAGGGGUGGUCAUUAUUGGGACGAACACCCCAAUCACCCUACCAACCGUCACGGCCCCUACAACGAUCACGACUGGCGGAGAGACGUUUACUCUAACACCUCCCUCGAGCGUUAGCACCACGGCAUCGACAACUUCGUCUCCCCUAGCGACGAACUGGACACGGUCGGACGGGCAGACUGUCAUCUCUAGCUCGGGUGUAGUCAUUAUUGGGACUAGCCCUCCAAUUACGCUUCCGACCGUCAGCUCGCCAACCACAAUCACCACGGGCGGCGAAACAUUUACGUUGACGCCGCCCCAAAGUAUUACAACGACACCGCCCUCCACAACAACCACGUCCUCGACUGACAUAGGCCCCAUUACCACCUUCUCGGAAUGGCCACCUGGAGCCGUGAUCACCCCCGUGACGACCGAGGUCGACGAGCCAGAAGAGACAGACGGCGGCGCUGUUGUCCCAUGCGACCUAUGGUUCUUUUUUAUCUGUAUUAGCACGCCCGAGAUCAACAUCGGUGGGUGGUUCUGGCGAUUGCCACCGGGCGUUUAUCCACCACCACCAGGGGUCCACCACCCCCGGGCGUCAUCAACCUCCCAACGGGAAUCAACAUCCAAGGUCCUCUACCACCAUGGCCACGAUUCACGUGGCAACAGGGUGGGCCCGGAUCAUAAGCCAACGUAUUCGUCCAGGCCAGACGAGUGCGAAACCGAGUCAGCGACGCUGUGCGCGACUACGUCGUCAGUCGGUCCCUCGACGACCAACGUCGCCUCGACGUGCACUAACAUCGUCGGGUGCGCCGUGGACGACUCGGAUACAACCAGGACUGUGACCUCGUCCUGCUCCACGGCCACCGUGACCGACUUUUUCGUGUCGUGCACUACCACCGCCCCAGGGUCAUCCUCGUGCACCACGACCAGCAGCCUGGUUGAAUCGGGGUGCUCGGUCACGGGGACGGUCAGCACCACUUUCGGAUCCGGGUCCUGCGUCUUGCUGACGACCCGCACCACCACCAUCGAGGAGAUCGACCCCCCGACCAGCACCACGUCCACGACCUCGUCCACAUCUAGCACUCCGGUCUCAAUAACACCGACAGCAACCCACACAAGCUUCUCGACGUUCGACCCCACCGACCUGCCCACACUCUCAACCGCGUGGAGCACCCCGGAAGGAAGCACCUGCGCCUCCACCACGACCUUCACAUCCUGCAUCUUCCCCGGCGGCGGUCCUGGCGGCGGCAACUCCGCCUGCGCAGUAAGCACAACCUGCGCGUCCUGGGCCGCCACCACCACCACCACCACCACAUCCACCGGCCCCACCGAAACCCCCCUCGCCAUCAACGCCAAACGCUGCUACUACGCAUCGGACUCCUUCCCCAACGAGGACCCCCCCGACAUCGACGAGUACUGGCAACAGCAGUACAUCCCGUGGGCGUGCGCGACGGGGGACACGGCCGCGGUGGACGUGGUCCUGGGCCCGGACAGCGAGCCGCUGACCUUUGAUACGCGCACCAACGGCGUGCCGUACUGGUACUCGGUCUCGUGGAUCGAGGGCUGUAGGACGAGCGUGAGCGAGCAGUACGCUUAUGUGCCCGUUCCGGGUGGGGAGGAUACUUGUUAUAGUAUCAUGCGGGGCAAUUUUGAGAAUUGCGAGAAGGAUGGUGGAUAUGUGGGAGGUUACGUCGAGGCCGGCUGUUUGAGGUAUGUGUUUGAGCCGUGCGAUCCCGACGAAAUGAGCUGCCACCGAUGA